AUGAAGGUCGUCACCACUUUCCAUCCCUCUUCUUCGGUCCUAGCAUCGUGCAAGUGGCAGCUCCUCGAUGAUGCUCGCUCAGAGUUCCUCGUCAUAGCCAAGCUCAACCAACUCGAUAUCUACUCACUUCAGCCAGAAGGGCUCAAGUACGAGGAUGGCCUGGAGAUAUGGGGGAGGGUCCGGGCGGUACGCGUCGUCCCUAUCAAGAAGAGUACAGAAAUGCACCUUCUCGUUUUGACGGACCACCCUGAGCCCGAGCUUGUCUUCAUCACUUACACUACCCACACAUCGCGGAAGAACGAACUGCGUAUCACCAAGAAACUCUCCCUCGCCGAGCGCACAGGUCGAAUAGCCGAGUUCUUCGUCGACUUGCUUGUAGAUCCCACUGGCCAACUCGCGAUAGUUAGCACGUACGCCGGAAAGCUCAAGGUGGUACAACUUGACGAUGGGGAAUAUGAUAGUGAUUUCGAUGUCUCCACUACUGAGCUCAACUUGCUAAGCCUGGCUACCAUCUUGCCGUCCCCAGAUGACCUCACCGUCGCCUUGUUGCACGUGGACUACCAGCAGCGCCUGCAGCUCCUGACGCGCGACUUGAGCCUCAAGGAACUCCAGCUGUCUCCUUUGCCGUCGGCCGUGCUCCCUUCCGUUCCUCUCGCGGCCAAGCACUUCUCCGUGGACGAGGAGGUGCCCAAGCUCAUCCACGUGCCCAUAUCGGAGAAAGAUGAGGAGAGCUUUGCGGGUGGGGUUUUGGUUAUCGGAGGCUCCAAGAUAUUUCUGUAUGAUCUGGCGCCGGCGGAGAAGCAGCGCAAGCAAAAGGAAAAGCAGCGUAGAACGCAGAAGAAGAAGGCGAGUGCGGACUCGGACGAGGUCAUGAAGGAUGAGGGAAAGGAGAAGAAAAAGAAGGCGAGGGCUAGUGUGGAGUGGCCAUGGGCAGAAGUCAGCGCAUGGUGUCAAGUCGAUGAUGUAGGGCGACGGUUCUUGCUCGGCGACAAGUUUGGAAGACUCGUCAUGCUCUGUGUGGAUAUUUCUUCCAAUUCGUCACUUACGCUAAUAGCGCUUGGAGAGACUUCGCCUGCUACGACGCUGACAUAUCUCUCGAAUCAAGUGGUAUACCUCGGCUCACACUACGGCGAUUCGCAACUGCUUCAGAUAUCUCCUUCGCGACUAUCCGAUUCCGACACACCGACACUUCCCGUGCCCGGCGACAUCCACACUGUUACUCACAUACCCCAUUCCUCACCAGGUAGCGAUUACGACAGGAGACAUCGCGGGUUUAUUGUGAAUGGCCGGGGAAGUCACCUCACUGAGGUUGAUCGGUUCCAGAAUAUUGCCCCAAUAUAUGACGCGGCCUUGGUGGAUCCGGAUAACAGUGGCCAGUAUGAGGUCGUGACUUGCUCAGGUGGUCAGAAUACGGGGUCGAUCAGACUCGUUAGGAGCGGUGCCGAUUUCCAAGAGGCAGCCGCCAUUGGAGGCAUCCCAAAUAUCACGAACAUUUGGCCUGUACGCUCGCUGUACAGUGAUCCAAUACACACGCACAUCGUCGCAUCUACUCCACAAGAAACUUAUGUCUUCCGAAUAGACAACAAGCACACGGUAUCCCACGUUGCCGAUAGUGGGUUCGUGACGGGGAAGAAGCGGACCUUGGUCGUGCAGAACCUCCAGAAGAAGGUCCCCAAGGAGGCAGGUCAGGGACUGACGUACAUGGACUCAUCGCUGGUUCUUCAAGUCACGUCGGAUGAGCUGGUCUUGUUGAAUCUCGACAAAGGCCUAGGGGAGUUUACGCGUGUCGGGGAUGGCGUAUGCAAGAUGGGGCAGUUGGCGGGCGGCAAGCCAGGAUGGAUCGAUAGGGAGAUUGUGGCUGCAAGUGCGAAUGCGAGCCAAGUUGUGCUGGGACUCAGCUUUGGGCGGCUUGCGGUGGUGAAUUUUGCAGACAAUAAGUUCAAGCUCGUGGGCUAUCGGGAUUUUACAAACCCUUCUGGUGGCAUUGCUGAGAUAUCUGCUGUUUCUUGCACGCCGGCGGACCAGUCCAAGAGCUUUUCGCCGAUGGCGGCGGUAGCAUUCUGGCAGACCCAUCGUGUUGAGAUCAUAUCUCUUGGCAGUCCUUUCCCAACCCUCUGUGCCAGCGUCUCACUGCCGUCGCUCCCUCGUUCUCUGCUCAUGCAUAGGUUUGCUGGCGAAAGUGCUAACGCGCCCCCACACCUUCUGGUUGGGAGGGCAGAUGGUGUCGUCGCGACGUUCGUAUUGAAGGACAAAGCGCUCGUGGAGCAGAAGCAGAUUCCGGUGGGGAACCUGCCUGUCACGUUUCAUACGUGCAAGGCAAAGGGGAGAACCGCAGUCUUUGCUUGUGGAAGUCGGACGUCGGUGUUGUUCUGGGAAAAGGAUCGGCUCCGGCAUUCGCCUUUGAUUUUGAAGGAAGUUGCUGCUGCUGCAUCCCUGCAUACCCAUGAUUAUCGCUCGUCGCUCGUGCUUGCGACGUCAGAAGGCCUUGUCAUUGGAGACGUUCAAAAUUUGGAGAAGUUGCAUAUUAGAUCAAUACAUACUGGUCUCGACAACCCGCGUAGGAUCAGCCACAGUCCUGUGCACAAGGCACUGGCUGUCGGCUGUGUUCGUCACACUCCCGUGAGGGUUGGAGAACCCGAGAUCUCGAGAGGAUCCGUGCAACUGUAUAACGACACCACCUUGGACAAGCUGGGCCAGGUGGUCCUGGAUCACGACGAGGAACCAAUGGCGAUCAAGGCGCUUUCUGUUCGUGUCGCAGAGGAGGCAAAAGAUUGCUUCGUCGUGGGCACGGUGAUAAUUGACAGCUUGGAGAAUGAAUCAAGUUCCGGGCGUCUCUUGCUUGUCGAGCCCGACUACUCGCGGGGCGAGUCGUUUGUUGCCGUCAGCGCUUCCGAAAAGGUCAAGGGAUGCGUGUAUGCGGUGGCUGCGGUUGAUGGUCUUGUUGUCGCGGCUGUCAAUAGCGCUGUGGUGAUCUACAGCAUUGAAGCAGAUGAUCACACAAGAGCGCUAUCAUUCGUGAAAAAGGUCGAGUGGAAUCACAACUACGUGGUGGCAAACUUGGUCUCCCGAGGCAACUUGCUGUUGGUUGGCGACGCCAUCAGCUCUGUGACUCUUUUGCAGUAUGAGAGGGGAGCACUGCAGAACGUUGCUAGGGAUUAUAGUCCAUUAUGGCCGACUUCGGUGGAGAUGCUGGAUGAGCGGAACGUUAUUGGUGCUGAUAACGACUGCAACUUGUUUAUGUUUACGCUUCAAGACGGAGCGGAGCGGAAGGUACUGGAACGGAACGGGCACUACUACUUUGGUGAUAUGGUGAACAAAUUCAUUCCAGGUGAGAUAUAUCGCGCCCUGAGCUCGUUUGAGGCGUCGGACAUAGAGGUAGAGCCUAAGCAGCUCUUCUUCACCACGACCGGCAGCAUUGGAGUGGUGAUCGACAUGUCUGAUGAACUGUCGUUGCACAUGUCCUCGCUUCAGAGAAAUCUGUCCACGUACUUUGCUGCCCAGCCGGGUGGUGCCAGUCAUACCAAGUAUCGUGCUCCGAAGAAUGCACGGGGUCGAAGCGACGCGGAUAAUUCUUCAUUUGGCUUCCUCGAUGGGGACCUCUUGGAGCGAUUCUUACUUUUCGGCGACGACGAAGAGGCCGUCCGGAAGGUGCUCGAGGGAUCGACAGAGGCAGAGCAGCUGAGUAUCGCGCCGGAGAGGAUCAUCAAAGUGCUCGAACGAUUGCAGAGCAUGCACUAG